GUGAGAGUGUGCACGCAUGAAUGUGUGGGUGUGUGCUGCACCAGACAUCAGCAGCAGGUUGAGAGCCGACACACAGAGGAAGCAAGAGAGAGAAGAAAAAAAUAAGGGGGGAGAAAAAGAAAAAGAGAAAGAGACAUUUCUUCAUUCAUUCCUCUGAGAGAACUUCAAGACAGCUUCCUGCAGCUCUGACCACCCAGUUAAAAUGCUGCCUGGUACCAGGCUCCCGCUGCUGUGUGUGCUGUGUUGUGUGACCACCGCUUGGGCAUUUGCCCGUAUGUCUGACGCUGUGGAGCUGCGGUCCGCAUUCUCUGUGGCACGUACCAGCAGCAUGGAGGGAGGGCCCAAGAUGGUCGUCACCUUCGACAAGGUGUAUGUCAACAUCGGUGGUGAUUUUGAUCCGAAGGCUGGCUUAUUUCGCUGCAGGAUUCCGGGUGCAUACUAUUUCUCUUUCACAGUGGGGAAGUUCCCGCGUCGAGACCUGUCGGUCAUGCUGAUGAAAAACCGCAAUGAGGUUCAGGCGAUUGUCUAUGACGAGAACGCAGGAGAGGAGAGGAAGGUACAGAGCCAGAGUGCCAUGCUGCAACUUGAUUUUGGAGACACUGUUUGGCUCCGUCUUCAUGGAGAUCCUCGCUACGCUAUCUACAGCAACACGGGUCAUUACACCACCUUCAAUGGUUACCUGAUCUACCCCGAUGUAUACGGCUACCAAGAACCCACACGCAAAGAUCAUGACAGUGACCAUCAACCACCGAAAACCAGCGAUGACUCAUUGUCUGAGCAUGAAAAUACAGUUACCAAAGACACUGCUGUGAGUAUGAAAGAAGAGAGACGGGAUGAACAGAUAAAAGAAGAGGACGAGAGAGAUGGAGAGGAGGAAGACGAUUACCAGCGGUCAGCAUUCUCAGUGGGUCGCACUCAAAGUAUUGUGGGAGUAGAUCAAGGAUACCCUGAGCACCAGCCCAUCAUCUUUGACACAGAGUUCGUCAACAUCGGCAACGAUUUCAACUUGAGCUCUGGUAUAUUCAAAUGCAGAGUAGCCGGAGCCUAUUACUUCUCCUUCAAUGCUGGGAAGCUGCCCCAUAAGACCCUAUCGGUGAAGCUGAUGAAAAACCAUUUGGAGGUACAGACCAUGAUCUACGAUGACAGCGACACUGAGAAGGCCCUGCAGAGCCAGAGUCUGAUGUUGUCACUGCAGGCUGGAGAUACUGUCUGGCUCUACAGCCACCAGAGGGAUGGAUUUGGCGCUUACAGUAAUCACGCCAAGUAUAUCACUUUCACUGGCUUCCUGGUGUAUCCCGAGCUCCACAGAAGCCUUCCUCAGCAGCAGAAACCAGAUAAGACACUGUAGGCCAGCCAAGGAGCCAGUCAGUCUGGGUCUUUAGGAAGGCAAAGGUUUGGAGCAGCGCUUAUGUGGAAAAAAUGUGAGUUCCCUACAAGAAAUCUUCUACACUCUAGAGACUGUGUGUCCCUCAUCACUCCUGUGGUUUGAUUCCAUAUUACAAAAUGUCUCUAGCUCUUGUUCUCAGCAUCCCUAAAGUCAUCAUGAAACAGAAAUUGUGAUCAUAUUUUCUUCCCUAUUGUGACAGGUUCUCAAUUGAAAAAGAAAAAACAACGUACAACUGCACAUGAUUUUGCCCAUCUGGAAUUUAUUGGAUCGUUGUUGUUUGCUAAUUGAGUGAUAUCAUGCAAGUGGCAGGUUGCUGGAUUACUGCCCAGCCAGAGCUUACAGAAGGAUGCUAUUGUGAGGGGACAUUCAUGUUUUUGAUGAAGAAUUACGAUGGCACAUAACAUUUAAAAAAAAAAAAAGUAUGUGCAUGGAAAAUGUAUUUAAAAUAAAUACUGUGAGAUUCCAUAAAAAAAUAAGAAUUGUCCAUUUCAUGGUGACUUUAAGGCCAAUAUAAAAGAUCAAAUAUACAGCUUUAUUGAAAAAUCUGAAAUUCACUUCAGAGGCAGUUCAUUAGAGAGCUCCAGUUCAAAACUGUGUUUAAAUACAAAUGUUAAAUGCAUGCAUAUUUCAAAUAAGAAAUGUUAUUGUCUUUGAAGCUUUUGCAUGCAAGAUUUGCACGAGAGCAACGUCUUCUGCUUUUUCAUCUAUUAUUUCCAGUGUAAACUCUGUUUAUGGAACAAAAAACAGUAAUGACAACAUUUACCUUCCAGUAAAUCAUGUAGUGAAAUUCACAGUCAGUCAAUGAUCGGGCAGGUUUUAGAACAGCACUACACAUUCAAACACAGGACCGCAUCAAUAAAUUUACUGUCAAAAGGUCCACCCAACUGGCCCAACGAAAGUAUCCAACGGUGGUUGAAGGUUUACAGUGUGUUCAGUCUAUUUAAUGUGCAAAGUAAUUACAUUUAAAGUAAAUUCUAAUCUGACUCCAUUGUAUUAUGACCUUGAAUUUAGGUUAGAAUGCCAAUUAUUAUUGAUUGUCCAUAGCAUCAUUUAGACAUCUGAUUAUUCUAUUUAACUCUUUAAUCUUAUUGUACAUUAAUUCAGAUUGCUAUAACACUUCUGAGUCUCACAACUCACAAAUUCAUCAGUCUUGGUCAUUAGACAGAGUCGACUGACUAAUGUUCUAGAAUAUUAGAAUAUUCCUGUACCUACUUUGAUCACACAUUAUAUCACUUAGUCCCCAUACAGCUGAACACACGUAAAAGUAUGAAUGAAUGGAUCUUUAUUGUCAUUGUAUGCACCAGUGGUACAAAGUAACAAAAUAGUGUUAGAGGCUCUUUAAGACACCAGAUAACAAUAAAUAAAUAGAACUGUACGGUCUGCUACACUACGUGCAAGUAAAAAAAACUAAACACAGUAUGUAAGAAGUUUGUCCUUUUGCUUUGUCUGAAUAAUCAAAAGUUGAGGCUCACCCCUAUUUAGACUGGUCAACAACAACACUGUUGCUCUAAACAGAAAACCCAUUAUCAGCUUCUACAGUCUAAGAAAACAUGACUAAUGCCAGUGUGUUAGUCUGAGCUCUAACACAUCAGUUGGUGUGCCCCUCUUCUCAACGUAAGCUGCAUUUUAUUAUUUUACUAACCUGUGUGCAGAUUUGCCGUGUUAUGGACAUUUAUCAUUUAAAGCAAAUCAGAUUAAAAUUGAAUGUAACAAUUUAUUAUCAAUCAGGUAAAUAUGUUUUAUGCCAGUCACAUUGUCAAUUCGGAGAUAUCAAAACAAAUCAUUACAAGACAUCAAAUCCUCAAAGGUGAAUCUAAAGUAAAGGAUGCAUACGUGACUUAAGAAAAAUACAUAGUAUGGAGUGUGUGGAUACCAUCUACACCAGUGUUAUUAAAUCUUGCCCUGGAGGGCCAAUGCAGUGCAGAGUUUGGCUCCAACCCUGAUCAAAGUCACCUGCCUGUGAUUUUCUAAUGAUCCCAAAAACAUUGAUUAGCAUGCUCAGGUGUGUUUGACUAGGGUUGGAGACAAACUCUGCACCGCACUGGCCCUCCAGGACAAGAUUUGAAUAGCCCUGCUCUACACUAUGGGUCAAUCUGGCUACAUAGGCACCCUGAUCCUCCUGUCCUUAAGCACUCAGACCAAAACAAACAUCCUCCAGAUGGAAACAGGGAGGAUUGGAAUUUGCAUGGAGAAUGUACACAUCUUCGGGACAGAUGUAAAUUAGCUUGAAAGACACUGGGAAACAGCACACCCUCUAUAGUAUUCGAGUCUACUUGUAAAAUUGAGACCAUUGUACCAGUUGCAUGGAGGCAAUUCAAAUGACACCAAACAUGACUGUGAAUAUCACUUGCAUUCAUGUAGAACAUUAUAUUAUGCUCUUGACCAUUCUGAGUGAGGGAAGGACAGGAAGGAAGUGGAUGAAAAGGAUAAGUGAGAAAGGGGCUCUUCUCGCAUCUUCUCUCAGCGAGAUGUCAAAACGGAUGCCUGUAUGCCGUAUCCCAGAAGAUCGAAGUGUCUGAGGUUCUUCAAGUCUUACACUAUGCUUGGACAGAAGCUUGACAGAUUCUAAAGAAACAAUAACUUUAUUCACUGCCAAAUAUAUCUACUGUACAUCAACUGAUUCUUAUCAUUUUUGGGAAAUUGUUCAACAAAUAUUGAUGUUUAUAUUUUGGAAUGAAUAUCUAUCAAAGGUAUCGAUCAGAUUGUAUAAUUCAUAUUGGUUUGUGUUCACAGCCACAAAGAUUUAUUUAGGUGAUAAAGCAUUUGUAAUAUGAAUUGCAUGGUUCCCAACUGUAAAUAUCUUCUUUUUUUUUUUUAUCCAUUUCUAUAUAAGUGAAUGUUUUUAUUUCUAAUUCUGUGCCUGGUUUCAUGUACGUUUCUGUAUGGGUUUAAUACGAUUAAAAAAACUUUGUGAAAGAGUGCUGGAUAAGCUUUUUAAUGUCUGUGCAGUAUGCGCUACUUUGUUAAGUGCCGUAAAAGUGGUUUCAGUGUAUGCUGGAUUCUUAUUGUGGAAGAAGCCAGUCCUCAGAAGCAAACCAAAUAAAAACUCUGAAUGUAAA